GGGGUAGCGACUGAGGGGCUGGCACUGAAGGUGUGAACUGAACCCGCGGUGUGUGAAAUGGAGCGGUUUGUGGACAAGGAAACUUCGUUUUGCUGACACAGCAGGAACGCAGAAAAAAUACUUGUAUUAUCGGCUCUUUUUUCUCAUCUGAAUUCGCCCUUGACUUCUCAUCUUUCCACUGAUGGCUUGUCUUGCCCUGGGUCGGGUUUGAUAUGGGAUUUAUGUCGGCUGAGGCUAGAUUUAGUGCCGUAGUUGCAGUAGUGCUCUUGGCUGUAGCCCAGGUGUCUGCAGAUGUAAAGUGUGAGAACAUCUACAAGGACUUCUCCGACUGUGUCCUGGAGCUCGGGGAGAGCAUGGAUAACCAGCAGGAGAAUGUCACCAGUGAGAAGGGCGUGGAAGCUGUCUGCAGCCACUGGGAGGCGUUCCACUCCUGCGCUCUCACCGCACUCUCCGACUGUCAGGAGGAAGCAGGGCCCAUAUGGGAGACUUUAAGGGCAGACUCCAGGAAGCUCCGGUUCCAGGGCAGCCUGUUCGACCUGUGCAGCCCCAACGCCGCCCCCGGCCUGGGCUUGGCCUGGCUGCCCAUGUCCCUGCUCUUGCUUCCCCUGGUGGUCCAGCUGCUGUCAGGGCCAGAGUCCAUCUGUCCGUCCCUAUAGACUCCAUACAUAACUCUCUCUCUCUCUCUCUCUCUCUCUCUCUCUCUCUCUCUCUCCAUCCCUGCACGUUCUCCCACCUGGGUGGUCUUCUUCCUCAGCAUGUUUAAUACAUGAGGAUUAUGCUGGAUGAGAUGAUGCAGAAGGCACCAGGCAAAGCAAUGGCAUUCAAAUAAGAAUACAUGAUGAAAUAUUUGGAAUCUGUGCCUCCUCCUUAAGGUAAAAAAAGAUGAAUGGCGUGACAUUUUUAUGUGUGUUUUUAAAGUGUUGUGAAAAAAGGUGUUGAUGUGUUAAAAGAAUGACCCUGUACUGUGACAAUCAACCCAUCCUCCUGAUCAAGCACAGCCCCCCCCCCCCCACUUCUGAAACCACACUGUUGGGAUUGGAGUACCUUAGCUGCUAUGAGAAAACACCAAAAAGAGUAAUAGUAAUACCAUCCCAUGCACUUAAAACAUAACGUUAACACUUGAUGCGUUAUAAAAGACAUUAACAAAAUACUGCAGUGAUACAUACUUUCCAAUAAUCCAAUGUAAUAAAUCUGUAAUGAUUAAAAACAAAACAGUAUGCAAUCAAUACCCUGUUCAAUAACAUGAAGUUACAACAUUUUGUAUUGCCUAAAGUACUUAAUUUCAGUAUGAAGCACAGCGACACUCACUGACAUUGAAAGUAUCUAUAUGGCAAUAUACAAAUUCAGUUUAUAUUGUGACAGUAUGGCUAAGGGCAUUGUGGGGAAAGAGGGCAUCUUGGCAUUUUACUGAGCAUGUGUGCUUCACACUGUGUGCACAAGUUUCAUUUGAUGUAAUAUCCAGAUAUUGUAGGAUCAACCAUUUUAUGGCUGUGAAUUGUGGCAUGUAUGCAGUAAUUUUACAUGUACCUAUCUGUAUUUGGCUUACAUUUGAAGAAAAGUAGUCUGGAUGCAGGAAAGUAGAGAUUAAUUAUAUGAUGAAUGCAAAGAUGAUUUAUGUUUUUGUAUACCGUAUUUGUGGUAAAUUAAAGGAUUUAGCCACUAAUCUCUGAAAGCAUCUAGUGGCCAAAUGUCUUAAUUAUACAUAUAUUUAUUCUAACUCAAGUACUUCUGUAAUCUGUAAACAACCAUGCUAUCAAUUUGACUAUUCUUUAAAAAAAAGGUAAUAACCAACAGUAAAAGGCUCACAGAUGCAGAGAGAUUUUAAAAAGAGAUUUAUAAUAAGUCAAAUGUGUUUUCUGCUUGUUAAAAUAAAGAUUGUAUGUGCCCAA